ACGUUGGACAAUGUCCAGCGCAGCUUUAUUUUUCACGCAAUCUGCCUUUGCAUAACUUUCUUCCUCGCCAAAUACAGAUUUUCUCUUUCCCUCUCUUUCUCUUUAAAAUCCCGAUGCAAUCCCAUUAGCAAAACCCAAAACAAGUUCAAAAGAAAGUUAUGUCUUGGCAACAGUACGUUGACGAGCACUUGAUGUGCGAUAUAGAUGGUCAACCCAUCCAUCUUACUGCUGCUGCAAUUAUCGGCCACGACGGCAACGUUUGGGCCCAGAGCUCCACUUUCCCUCCGUUUACCCCUGAAGAAAUAAGUGCAAUCAUGAAUGACUUUGCUGAACCCGGUUCUCUGGCACCAACCGGAUUAUUCCUCGGUGGUGUAAAGUACAUGGUGAUCCAAGGUGAACCGGGUGCUGUAAUAAGAGGAAAGAAGGGUGCCGGCGGUGCGACCGUGAAAAAGACCAACCAAGCACUGAUAAUCGGGAUAUAUGAUGAGCCUGUAACACCUGGUCAAUGCAACAUGAUUGUGGAAAGGCUUGGGGAUUAUCUAAUUGAUCAGGGUCUUUAGUUAGUUUUCUUUUUGGUCAUUGGUAAUGUUCCUUCCAUCUUGUCCCAUUUCCUUUAUUUUUGAUAAAAGAUUAUAAUGGAGAGUUGGGUGUGAAGACGAAAUGGUUUUUUAGUAUGUUGUAUGAAUUUUUUUUUAAUGUUUUUAUAAUUAAAGCAUUUUUUGUUGGGAA